AUGAGCGAAGCCGCGAAAGACGACACUUCCACUCCUGCGCCGACCGAUCAGGAAAAUUCUUCCGCGGAGGAAGUGAACGACAUACCAGCUCAAGACGAUUCUCCAAAUGAGGCCGAGGCCAAACCAGAUAACACAAACGGUACCGCAAGCCGGCCUUCUAUCAAGGUGACAGCACAUGAUUCCGAAACGAAUGGAACGAGCGCAUCGAGUCCCGCAAGUCCGGCACGCAGCCGCGCUCUUAGCUCAGCUUCUUUUGCGAACCAGUCGGCGACUGUCUCUUUCAUCAAGUCGUCGUUCGAGAAAUUGGCUCAGAUAAAAGAAAUAACGAAGAAGCACAAGUCAUUGGUGGACUUUCUCAACAAGCAAAUUGCGAUUUUAAAUACCGGCGAGUUGCCUAGUGAACAGGAUAUUUUUGAGGUGCUGAAAAAUGCAUGCGAUGUCCCUAGUGCUGAAGCGAAGAUAGUCGCUCUUGACUGUCUCAGCAAGGUUUUCACUUUCAGCGUCUUCCACGAGCCAUUGACCAUAAGUUACAAGAAAACGAAACCUGACAUUCAUACGGAUGCUGACAUGGAAACAAAUACAGAAACAGAGGUUGGCCGUGUUCGCGCAAUUCCUCUCAUUGAGGCGGUUGUCCAAGUGAUAAGCUCGUGCUUUGAAGGAGAGGGCACGGAUGAGAGGGUCGAGCUUCAGGUGAUACGCGUGCUGACAGGUGCCAUUCUUAAUGAUACGUUACCGCUCCAUGGAAGAGUCUUAUUGCAGGCUGUGAGACAAGUAUACAAUAUUUUCCUGCUCUCGUUGUCUCCGGUCAACCAAGGCAUUGCACAGGCAACUCUCACUCAGGUCGUGAAUGUUGUUUUCGAGAAGGUCUCAUCCACAAGAAAGAAAGGACGCUCUGAUAUCGAUAUUAGCGAUCAGCCGGAUGAUAUUGCGGCCACUUCGACGCCAGCCGAUUCUAGCACGCCGACCGCGGCGCAGACCAAGAUGACGCUGCGCGAGAUGGAACAGAACGUUCAAAACGACGACGUCCAGAUAAGCUCUGACGAGUUUGCAGGCACCGAGGAAGAGCUGGUUGUCAAGGACGCUUUCCUAAUCUUGAGAUCUAUGUGCAACUUGUCAGUCAAGGUGAUGGAAAACGAAUCUAUCGAUAUGCGCUCCCAUGCGAUCAGAUCAAAACUUCUAUCAUUGCAUAUCAUACACUGGAUACUCAAAAAUCACAUUGAAAGCUUCCUGGACAAAGACUGCACGAUCAUCAACAGGGCCACAAAUGAGAAAACACGUCUGGUUGACGCCAUCAGAAAGUAUCUCUGUCUGGUGCUAGCUAGAAAUGCCGCUUCCCAGCUGGCCCCAGUCUACGAGGUGUGUCUCGAGAUAUUUUGGAUUAUGGUGGAUAAAAUGAGAGAUCAGUUCAAAUCGGAAAUUCCUGUGUUUCUGGACGAGAUCUACUUCCCUGUUAGCGAGAUGAAGACAUCAACGGCGCACCAAAAAAGAUAUCUUCUUUCGAUUAUUCACCGCAUCUGCAAGGCCCCUAAAAUUCUGAUCGAGCUCUACCUGAACUACGACUGUGACACUUCCAUGCCAAACUUGUGCGAGGCCAUCAUGGAUUAUCUGGCAAGGUUUGCGCUAAUGCGAGUGGACGCGACACCAACCCAGAAAGUGAGUUACAGAGAGAGUUUGACUAGGAAUCUUGCCACAUACAACUUGUCCGAUGUCCCACAACUCAAUGUUUCAAAAAUGAGCGGUCACCCGCCAAAUCCCGAUGCCUCUUUGAACUUCCCGAUCGAGUACGCUUUGAAAAUGACCUCGAUUGAUUGCAUUCUCGCGUUCUUGAAGUCGCUGAACUCUUGGAGUGGAAAACCUCUAAUCACGACGACCGCUGCAGAAGGAGAUCAUGCACCGUAUUCUCACCGGGGCCGAGCUCAUACCAGUAGUUCUGUGUUAUCGCAAGCUUCAGUCCAGGACUCUACUAACGGGUCUGUUAGUGACACUAUCACUUCUGCCAACGAAGAGACCUCUGUUUCUCAGUUCGAUAGCGUCAAGCAAAGAAAGAACGUGUUUCUGGAUGGUAUACGGUUGUUCAAUUACAAUCCGAAAAGGGGACUGAGAAGUCUUUUGGAUAAUGGAUUUAUUCCUUCAGAUUCUCCUCGGGAUAUUGCAAAAUUUCUACUGGACACAGACAUGCUGGAUAAGGCAGCAUUGGGAGAAUUUCUGGGAGAUGGAGAUGAGAAGAACGUGACGAUCAUGCAUGAAUUUGUUGAUAUGAUGGUGUUCAAAGACAAAAAGUUCCUGGACGCUUUGAGAUAUUUCUUGCAACACUUCAGACUGCCCGGUGAAUCGCAGAAAAUUGACCGGUUCAUGCUGAAGUUUGCUGAGAAAUACGUUAAUGAUAAUCCGUCCACGUUCGCAAACGCUGACACAGUGUAUGUUCUGUCUUACUCAGUUAUAAUGCUCAACACCGAUCAACACUCGCCACAAGUGAAAAAAAGGAUGACCUUGGAAGACUUCAUCAACAACAACAGAGGCAUUGAUGAUGGUAGAGACCUUGAUCACUCGAUGCUCGAGCAAAUUUAUACAGACAUUCAAAAUGACGAGAUCAUGCUAAAAAGUGAGCAGCACGCCGCGCUCAUAUCAAGCGACUUGCAUUCAAUGCAACAAUCGUUCUUUGGUGGCAGAGACUUGGCAAAAGAGGCAUAUGCCAAGGCUUCUAAAGAAAUGUCUUCAAAGACAGAGGAGGCGGUUAAAAGUAUAAGAAACACCUACAAGAAAAAUUCGAAAGUUGUAUUCUAUACUGCCAACGUCGGCAAUAAUGCUGAUCACGUGAGGUCUAUGUUUGACAACCUUUGGAUGUCCAUUUUGGCUGGUCUCACCCCGCCUUUCAAGGAAUAUGAUGACGAUGAAACUUCGAGAAUCUUGCUGGAAGGAAUCAAGGUGUCGAUCCACAUUUCUUGCAUGUUUGACUUGGACUAUGCAAGAACCUCCUUCAUUAGGGCACUGGUGCAAUUCUGCAAUUUGAACAAUCCUGAAGAACUCAAGAACAAGAACAUCGAUGCCGUUUAUGCCUUAUUAGAAGUUGCUGUGGAUGAGAAUUCCAAGCUUGGUUCAUCUUGGAAAAGUAUUCUAACUUCAAUCUCCCAGAUCGAGCGGUUGAAGCUGCUGUCGCAGGGCGUUGACUCCGAAAGCAUUCCGGAUCUGCUCAAUGCUAGACUAGCAAGCAGGCAUUCCACUGAGAGUUACCGAUCGCACAACUCCAACCAGAUGUCCUUCUUCUCCUUCGGGAAGAAACAAACCAUGUCGGAGCAAACUUCACAGCACCAUUUUAGUCAGAAGCUAAGCUCAGAUAUGGUUGUUCGUAUCAGUUCGACAGACUUAGAUGUUGCAAUAGACAAGGUGUUUUCCAAGAGUUCUGAGAUAGAGGGAAACGGUAUUUUUGAUUUCAUUGCAGCACUCAGUGAAGUCGCACAUGAAGAGAUUGAGUCGUCUGGACAGAGCCAGAACCCGCGGAUAUUCUCACUACAAAAAAUGGUUGAUGUCUGCUACUAUAAUAUGGGAAGAAUCAGAGUUCAAUGGUCUGCUCUUUGGGCGGUCAUGAACGAAAAGUUCAAUGAAUUCGGCUGUCACCAGAAUACCUCAAUUGCCUUCUUUGCGCUGGACUCACUCCGGCAGCUAUCGGAGAGGUUCUUCGCCAUUGAGGAGCUGUCCCACUUCAAGUUUCAAAAAGAGUUCCUCAAACCUUUCAAUUACAUUGUGCUCCACAGUCCGCAUUUGCAGGUUCGUGAAAUGGUAUUGGAUUGUGUGCAAUACAUGGUCCACAAAAAAGCUGAUCUUAUCAAAUCUGGCUGGCAAACUUUACUAGAGAUUCUGACAAAUGCAGCCAAAGAUAAUAAUGAGAAGUUUGUUGCAAAAGGACUUUCGUACACGAGCAUGAUCAUGAAAUCACACUUCGAUCAGAUAUUGAGCCUUGAUGCUUUCUCAUCCUUGGUCGUUUGUCUGACCGAAUAUGCAAAGAACGAACAGUUCCAAAAAUCGAGCUUGCAGUCUCUCAAUUCAAUGAAGAAGUUGACAAAAACGAUUCCGAAGACGUUGGAAGAGCACGGCGAUAUAUAUUCUGCCGAAGAUCUUUGGUUUCCUUUGUUGUUCGGUUUCCACGACGUUGUGAUGAAUGGAGAGGAUCUUGAAGUCAGGUCCAAGGCAUUAAGUUUUACUUUUGAUGCCUUGAUUGAAAAUGGUGGCCAGUUUGAGGGACAAUUCUGGGACAGGAUUUGCGAAGAGCUACUAUUUCCAAUAUUCGGUGUUUUGGGAGAUCGCUGGGAGCUUACGACGCAAGAUGACCUUUCUGUUUGGCUUUCUACAACUCUGAUUCAGGCCUUGAGAAACAUGAUUGCCCUCUUCGGCUACUAUUUCGAUACCCUAAGUGGAAAGAUGGAGGGAUACUUGAAGCUUCUGGUUUCGUGCAUCUGUCAACAAAAUGAAACUAUCUCGAAAAUUGGCAUCUCGUGUUUGAAGGAGCUUAUUCUCGACAAUAUGGCUAAAUUCAAUGAGAAACACUGGGAGCUGUUGAAUAACUCGUUUGCCGAACUAUUUGAUUUGACCACAGCCAAAGAGUUGUUUAAAGCUGAUCCUUUGAGACAGUCGAAUGGAGAGAGACAGGAAACAUUAGACGGAGAUGAGUCUGAGUUGCAGGGAAGUCCAGCGAGCGACUCAGAUUUGGAGCUCCCAGUUCCUUUAAACCAAUCGAGAGAGAAAUCGGCAAUUGUAAUCAAAUGCGUUCUUCAGCUCCAUGUUAUACAGAUUCUUUCGGAGCUGUUUGACAUUGAUGAAUUCUACCAAACGAUUCCUGUUGCUAAUCUUUUGAAGUUGUCGGACUUAUUGGAGCACAGCUACAAGUUUGCGAGAGAGUUCAACGAGGACUACAAUUUGAGAGUGCGUCUGUGGAAUGCAGGUGUUAUCGACAAGCUUCCAAACCUUUUGAAGCAGGAAACAUCUUCGGCGGGUGUUUACAUUAGCAUUCUGUUCCGUCUGUACUGCGAUUCUGGCCGCGUCAAUAAGGAAGCUAGGCAAAAGAUUGUUGGAAUUCUGAUUCCAAUGGGUGUUACGAUCCUCGAAAGGUAUGUGAGGCUAAACGAGGCAGACCAGUCAAGAAACAUUCAGAGCUGGAGACCCGUUGUGGUGGAGAUUCUACAAGCAUACAGUGAGCUGGAUCAUGAAGACUUUUUACGAUGCUGUCCGGUUGCAUACGACCUCGUUUUGCAGCUUUUCGACAAGAAUUUAAUGGCGGACCUGAGAGGUGCUGUUAAGGACUUUCUGACGAGGGUUGGCGACGCUUACAUCCUGGAAAAGAAAGAGUAG